AUCCCUCUUGCACUUCCAUCAUCUGAAGAGACAUGGAAGAGCAGGGGAUUGUUGUUCAGCAGGACAGGACAGAAAAAGACAAGCAUGCAGUGGACAAAGAUGUCUGUGUGACAUGUCAGCACCACACACCCAAAGGACAUGGCACAAUGGCUGUUCCUCCUGCAUACGCAGACUUAGGAAAAUCUGCUAAAGACAUCUUCUACAAGGGCUUUGGUUAUGGAGUUCUUAAGCUGGAUGUCAAGACCACAUCUCAGAGUGGUGUUAUGGAGUUUGCCACCUCUGGCUCCAACAACACAGACACGGGGAAGUCAGGAGGCCACCUGGAGACUAAGUACAAAGUGAGCGAGUUGGGCCUAAACUUCAACCAGAAAUGGAACACAGACAACACCCUCACCACUGAAAUUACCAUGGAGGACCAGCUGGCUAAAGGCUUGAAGCUUGGUUUGGACACAUCAUUUGUGCCCAACACUGGAAAGAAGAGUGCCAAACUGAAGACGGGCUACAAGCGGGACUACAUGAAUGUGGGCUGUGACCUGGAUUUCGACAUGGCCGGUCCCACGGUCCAUGCAGCUGCUGUGCUGGGCUACGAGGGCUGGCUGGCUGGCUACCAGCUAGCUUUUGACACUGCAAAAUCUAAACUGACUCAGAACAACUUUGCUCUUGGAUACAAAGCUGGUGACUUCCAGCUUCACACCAACGUUAAUGACGGUACAGAGUUUGCUGGUUCCAUUUACCAAAAAGUUAACGGCAGCUUAGAGACAGCAGUCCACCUGGCCUGGACAGCAGGCAGCAACAACACGCGCUUUGGUAUUGGAGCCAAAUACCAGCUGGAUAAGGAUGCCACCCUGUCUACAAAGGUUAACAACGCCUGCCUUGUUGGAGUUGGAUACACACAAACCCUCAGGCCAGGAGUGAAGCUCACCCUCUCAGCUCUGAUUGAUGGGAAGAACGUGAAUGGCGGCGGACAUAAAGUUGGCAUGGGUUUCGAGCUGGAGGCGUAAAGAUUCAGCAGAACAGACAAGACAAGAAGAGAGGAAAGCAACACGAAAAAAAUUAGCCCAAAUAUGAAGACACUAUAAAGUCCACUCAGCGACACAUAAACACAUCUUCUCCCUUGAGUCUACACACACAUAUGCACACAGAUGCAAACUUUCUUUGGCCUUAACACUGAAACCCCAACAGCCUCCAAGGCGUCCAGUACUGUAAUAUUCAUCAAAUCAAGACCUAAUUUUGAAUUUUCUAUCAUUUACAGUUCCACAGCCAGCCUUUGAACCUAUGUUACCAGAAUACAACAAAGACAAUAAUUCUGUAAUAAUAAUGUGCUAUUUAUGAUUAAAUAACCUGCACAUUUUAAUGUGUCUCAAAUAUGUGUUCUUUUAGAAUAUGCGUUAAAGCUCCUUUUUAUAUUGACUGUGUGAUCAGCCAAGCUUUAUUUAGUUAAACUCUGGAUUCUAGAAAAUAGUAUCGGUAUUGUUCUGGUAUGUUUUGGUUUUGAUGCAUGCUUUAAAGGCAAGAGGGAAGUUUUUUGACCCAUCAUUGUCAUAUUGAAAGAGUGACUGUAAACGGAUGCAAUACAAGCAGGAGUUUAGCAGAUAAACCAGAUCCUGUUCAUGAGUCAGAGUGCACUGACUUUGAUUCUACCACUCGACCGCAGUAACACAGUUACAAACUGAACUCUCAGAUGUCUAAAUUUCUAUUUUUCAGGUCCUGUUUGCUUAAAAAUGGAUGUAUUGCAAUUGGAAUCUCUGUCACCUCUUUGUAUUUUCAUGUUUUUAUCCUACUCCUGUUCAGUCUUUAUCACUACAUUUCAUGUCUGUGCUGUUCUUUGUAUAGAAGAGUUAGUCAACAUAUAGGACCUCAAAAUAAAUUUAUGGAAUAAAUAAUGUCAAACACAA